UAGUACGAAAACUACACCAGCUCCUAAAAUGCACCACUUUUUUUAUUUGGUUCACAAAUUGCUCAACGUUGACAAAUGUCAUUAAAAUUAUUCAGUCGUUUUAUGUUUACCAACCAACAUUUUUGCGUAUUUUUAUAAAUAAAUAUAUAGCCUCAUUGCGAGUGUCGAGUCGAGUGCAAGUCGUAUAAAUAUGAAAUAUUCCAAGUUCAAUUCCUAUUUGAAGUGCUACCGUAGAAAGAAAAACUUUUUGAAGAGAUUAAAUAACUGUGUCAAACCAAUCGACAACAACUUGCAAAAUGACCGACAACUAUUUGGAAAGUGCGGAAGCAUCAACUUUUAUAUUCGAGACGGAAACAAUAAAAAUUCUUCAUUAUCCGGAGAGUAUAUUAUUUCAAAAGAACCAAUUAUAUCAGAGACAAAUGAUUCAAUUUCGCACGAUGGUUUGGAUGAUAAUGACGAGGUGGUGGAAAAUAUAUAUCGGGAAGUAGAGCCGUCUUCAGUAGACUGUGUCAUUGAUGAUGUGAACAUCCAUAUUGACUUCAUGUCUAAAUUGGCGGAUUGGGCUAUAAAAUACAAAAUAGCCCACUCUGCUGUAUCUGAGCUACUUGUUUUAUUGCGGAGCGAAGGAAAAACUGAACUGCCGAAAGAUGCGCGUACGUUGCUCCAUACACCGCGUAAUGUGGUAAUACAAACAAUGGGAUCCGGUUCAUUCUGGUACUAUGGCAUUGAAAACUGCUUGCGAAAUGCAUUUCGUGACAUAAAUCAAACAAUUCAAGUACUUCUCAAUUUCAAUGUUGAUGGUUUACCCCUGUUCCGAAGUAGCAAGUUUCAGUUUUGGCCAGUUUUAAUUGACAUAGCCAAUAUGCAUGAAAUUAGACCAAUGGUUGUAGCAAUUUAUUUCGGCGAUUCGAAACCACCAUCCAGCGAAGAGUUUUUAAGAUCAUAUGUUGACGAGAUUAAUAGUCUAAUUUUAAAUGGAAUUGAGUUUCCAAACGGCUCAAAAAUAUUGAUCAAGAUUAAUGCGUAUAUUGCAGACACCCCGGCUCGAGCAUUUAUUAAAUGCGUUAAGACACACACCGCAUAUAACAGUUGUACAAAAUGUAACGUUGUUGGAGAAUUCGAUCGAUCGGGAAACCACAUGAGCUUUCCAAGGUUAGAUUGUCGACGAAGAACUCAUUUAGAUUUUAUAAACAAAGUUGAUGAAGAUCAUCAUCUAUGGAAUUCAAGAAUGCGACAGUUUUAUCACACCCCUUUGGAGGAAAUUGAAGGCAUUGACAUGAUAAAAAAUUUCCCUAUUGCUGAUUCGAUGCACUUAAUUGAAUUAGGUAUUACAAAGCGAUGUUUAAAUGGAUGGGUGAAUGGUUCAUAUAAUUUCCGUACUAAAAUGCCUGCUUAUGAAACGAGUACCAUUUCAACAUGGCUCAAAUUCAGCAAUGAGUGGCUGCCAUCUGAAAUCACAAGACAGGCGCGUGGCCUCGAUACAUUGUCGUUCUGGAAAUCAAUAGAAUAUCGAACAUUUUUGUUAUACCUUGGCCCAGUGAUAAUGAAAAGUUUUUUGCCAACUGAGUUUUAUAAACACUUUUGGAAUUUAGUUUUAGCAACGACGAUAUAUUCAUGCGAACGAUAUGUACAAAGUCCCGGAGUUCUUGACGUCGCUAGGAAUUUGAUGAAUGAAUAUGUGGAAGAAUUUAUAUCUCUGUAUGGAAACGACUCUAUCAGCUCCAAUGUCCACAAUUUAAUACAUGUUCAUGAUGACGUUCUGAAAUUUGGAUCUUUGCGAAAUAUUUCUGCAUAUCCAUUUGAGAGUACGCUGUAUUGGUUGAAAUGUCUUUUAAAAAAUGGUUCCAGACCUUUGAGUCAAGUGGCUAAACGUAUUAUUGAAAUGAAUAAGUUGAAUUCCCGGCCUUCAAAAUCAGCCGUAUACCCCAUUUUAAGCAAACAAAUUGUCGCAAGCUCUGAAAGGUAUGGCAGAGUAGAUUUUUCAGCAUUCAUGCUAUCAAAUGACCGAAAGAAUAAGUGGUUUUUGACCAAUAAUAGUGAAAUCGUUGAAAUGAUAUACGCGACAUCAAACAGCACCACAAUAAAGCCAUUUGUGAGUCCGACAGCAAUUAUUUCACCAAAACCAAUGCAAGUUCAAGAAUUUUAUCCAAAUGAAAUGAAAUCAUUGAACGAAGGUGUACACAAUACAGGACCAAAUGAAGGGGUCGAACUACCAAGCGAAGAAGAAUUACUUCAGUUUCUUAAACUAAAUUCAAAUGAAGCAAAUGUUUUAAAAUACUAUUUGGUGGGCAUUUCAAGUUUCCUGAAUCAAAAUAAUACCUGCAAACAUAAUAACGACGUUCUCGCAUCCAUCCAAGAAUUGAAAAACUCUGUGGAAUAUCUAGGAAGUGAAGUAUUUGCACUACAGGAGCUUGUAAAAUCAGGGUCGGUGACUAAAUUCAUGAACAAGCCACGUGAAAAACGUUCCCUAAUAUCUGACUCGACUACAGAAGAAUGGGUAGCAUCUGAAGAAUAUGAAGGUAUAUCAUUUCCCAGACUGCCGAUCACCUCAAUUGAUGUGCUAAAUCAUUUCAAUGCGGAGUUGACUGAAAACCAAAAUGAGUAUGUACAAAAAGCAACAGACUACAUUCUAUCAAAACUGGACCACGUUAAGAAAACUAAAAAACAAUUCACGCGACGAACACAAUUAAAAUCAAUGCUCUUUGCUGAUUCACUUUUAAAAACGUGCACAUGGAAAAUAGCUGCACCAGGAAAACCUAACCGCUUUUCUUUGCUAAGUGCCAUUUUAAUACUAUUUGUAGACGUCGUAAACCAAAAUGUUGAUGAAAAGAUAGACUUAAUUGGUACUCAAAAAUACUUUAGAGAUUUGCUGAAGAGAAAAAAUGCUGAAGAAAAGCAGAAUAUGGAAGAUCAAAAUGCAGAAGAGAUCGAGACACAAGUUACAACUAGCAUGCCAUUGAACGCAAAUAUUUAA